AUUUUUGUCGAUGUCAUUUGUAAAUUAUGAAAAAGUAAAAAGUAAUAAGACGAGUUUUUGGGAUUUUGUUAACAUAAUUAAUAAAUAGAAUGAUGCGUAGGCCUCAAAAUUAUGGAUAUGAGCCGUUGGCUCAAAAUGCUGGUGAUUUAGAAUCUGAAAAUGAUCGAUUAGCUGAAGAAUUAAAAGGGAAAAUUUCAAGUCUAAAAAGUUUGACAAUUGAUAUAGGAAAUGAGGUACGAUAUCAGGAUAAGAUACUGAAUGAUAUGGAUGAUGACAUGAGCAGAACUGGGUCUUUCAUGGGAAAUACCAUUGGCAAAGUAUUAAGAUUAAGUAAACGAGGAAAAGGCUACACUUGUUAUAUGUUAUUGUUUGCAUUACUUGUAUUUUUCAUACUUUAUAUCUACAUUAAGUUCAGAUGAAAGGCUUGUGUCGCUAAACUUUAUAAAUG